CCAAGGAGAAGGACCACCCUGCGCUAUGAACCCGUGGCUCCUGGCCUGCCUGGUGGCCUGCUGCGUGGGCGCCUGGGCCCCCGCCGUCCAUGCUCAAGGAGUCUUUGAGGACUGCUGCCUGGCCUACCACCGCCACGUUGGGCUGGCCCUGCUGCGGCACGCCCAGGGUUACCUGCGCCAGGAGGUGACCGGGAGCUGCAACCUGCCCGCCGUGAUAUUCUUCUUCCGCCAGAGGCAAAGGAUGGUGUGUGGGAACCCAAGGGCCAGGUGGGUGCAAAAUGUGAUGAAGAUCCUGGAUGCCCGGAACAAGGCCCUCUCAAAGUCCCACCAUGGAACCCGGAGAAGCUUCCAAGCCUCUCACUCUGGGGUGAGGAAGUUGAACUCUGGAACCUCUGGGCUACCAUUGUUCACAUUUAGAGAUCCCGCCAAAAGCAGCAAGAGGAACGCCUCCUUCCCAACCACAGCUACUCUAGGUAAGGACUCUGAUCAUGACCAUGAGCAGCACGUCUCCAGGAUCAGCCGGCAGAGAUGGGCUGCAUCCUUCUCUGCCACAACCAUCGCCCUGCAGCCCCGGCUGCCCCAGCCCCUCGCUCAUCAGGUCAAAUCUGAAUCCGGUCCGAGCCUGCGCUGGGUCCCUCCCCAUCACCCCUGCAACCCCAGCUCCUCAGGCAGCCGGAAGGAGGGAGCUGGUCUUAUUUCAGCCCCUUGCCUGCUCCGGGCACCAGAGUCAGCCCUGCGCAACGGGUCGUCUACAGAAUCAUCGGGAUACGUGGCCUGCCUGCAGCCUCUUGCCACUUACCCCGGGCCACGCCUGCCUGCGUCCCUCUAG